AUGGCUACCAGCAUGGCUCCCCAUGAAAACAAGCAUUCCAAGUAUGACCGAGCGACUUUCCAGAAGACGUACAGCUCCAUGAAAACGCUGUCUCUGAACCACUUGACGGCCAAACAGCACAUGCUGAUGGCCCUGUGCAGGGACAUAUCCCUUCUACCGCCAUUGACGUACAUCUUCACUUCGCUGCGAAAGGCCUGGAGAGUCUCUAUGCGCACCAGCAUCAAACUGUACGAGCCGCAAUCGCUGAGGGAUGCCUUCACCUAUUUCUGGCAAAAGCUUAACAGCGCUUAUGACAACUACUCAUCGUCUGAUGGAUCCCGCCAAGAAGCUGCGAGCGACAACAGCAAGGACUCGCUCUUGUUAUCUGCAUUAACUACCGCCAGGGCGUCCGAAUACCUUCUCUGUUCGCUUUGGUGUGUGGUGUCUCUAUACCUCUCGUAUGCCAUUCUCGACUCUUUAAUGGUCCGCUGGAUCGUUAAAUACUCCACCGUGGCCGCCAUUUUAAGAAUGUUCUCUAUGUCUUUGAUCAUAGUCACCUUAGAGCUUCUAUUGCUCUCGUCUUUAUCUCCAGAGCUCGACUACUUUCUGCAUACCUGGAUACUUAUUAGUUGUGUGCUAACGGCCGUGUACAUUUGGCAAAGCUAUCUAACUUCUGAUCUAAAAUAUUUUAGAAACAGGGAAGGUGAUGUACAAGAGGAUACCAGCGCCCGAGAAGAGUCAGACGACGACGACGGCGACGUCGACGCCGAUGAAGACUCACAUGUCGUGGCAGCGGAUGAAGACGCAAUCGACGUCCUUCCCUACGACGCUCUUUCAGAUGAUAGUGACGGUCGGCUUUUGCCAGUCAACAGGCCCUCGAGUUCGCAUUCGCAAAGUCCCAGAAGAUCCAAGAAAUCCUCUAAGAAAGCAUUCAAGUUCACCACCAAGAGAACUAUAGAUUUAUAUAAAAUUACCGUGCUCUGUGUCGUCCCCGUGGGACUGGCUAGUUUUAUCACAAUGCUCGGUUUACUUCGAAACCUAUUCAUCCAACGACUGGAUGUAGAGCAAUUAGAAAGAAUACUGCAUGAAAUGCAUCCCUCCUCCGCAUAA